GUGUGAAAAAGCUCAAGAGACUUCUUCAUUUCUGCGAGAGGAAACUGCAUGCGCGGCCGUUGAGUGUCCAUCAUCAAGGCGAGGCAAAUGGCAAAUCCUCGCGUUCUCGUGUUGCAAACCUUCGAUUGACGCUUCCCACUCAAGCCGUGUCGACGCUUGUUUCCUGCCAGUACUGUACUCUAGUUGUUGUGACGACAAUAGAGAGACCAUUUGGCGGCAUCCGAUCGACGCCAUUUGUUUAUUCUCUAAAGUGACGUUGCAGGAUGUGGCUUCCAUUUGGCAACAUUGUGCUUCUGUGCUGCUUGCUGCUUGCUCUUCUUCCCACGGCAGAAGCACGGCGAUUUCGGGUUUACUGCGAACUGGCAGAUUUGCCAACAGUGACGUUGGAAAGGAGAAAUGGCAGAUGGACUCGACCUGGUGCCGAGAACAAUACCGUGAUAAUUGACGGUGUCACGGUGGAAUUAUUUGGGGAGGAGGAAAGCCUGAGCAAUAAUCCCACCAAUACACUGACGCUGGACGCCAAGAUAUGCUCCUGUUGGGACAGUCGAGUCUAUGUGAAUGGAACGGAUGGAUGGAACAGAGCAUCUUUUUAUUGUCCUGCACACAUCAGCCACUGUGGAAUUCCUUUCUUGAGACUCGGUGGCACUUCGAACGAGUUGCCUGGUUGCGUCAACGUAUCGGAACGAACAAACUUUGUGAGAUCUGUUUGGCCCCUCCUGGUCAUCUCGUUCUUUUUCCUGUUGAGCUUUUUGCUCAUGACCAUGCGUGGCAGAGACGCAAUGAGCUAUUGCAUGGGACUUGCAUCGCCACAAUGGAACAAGUGGAGAGUCGAACACAUGAUCGAUCAGCGACCGGAUCGUGCCAACGGACUGAUGUUACGGUACUUUCGAUGGGAGCAAAAUAGGAAUCGACCACUCACGGUGGAAGAGGAACGCAUGCAGAUUUUUGGACCCUGGGGUAUGCAAGUUCGAUUCUCCCAGACACCGAUACAGCUGGGACGAGAAGAAUGGGAACUACUGAUCCGGGAACCUCAAAUAAACCCAUUGCUUGAUCUCAUCGAAAACCAACAAGCAGAGGAAGAAGAUGCAGAGCCUCUUCCCCACUCUCUCAAGCUAAGGACACGCAUCUAUCAGAAAAUUCCAAUCAACGACGAACCAUUGCUGGAAACCCCGGAAAAUGAUACGACAAUUUCCACCAAUGGCGACGCAACCACCGAUCCGCUGGGAGACAAAGCUGGCGAGGACCCCAGCAACGGUGAGAACUCCAAUGAGCCCUCCUGCACAAUCUGCUAUCUUGCCAUCGAAGACGGUGAUCGUGUGGGGGCACUCGAGUGCGAUCACAUGUUCCAUGUGGAUUGCCUCAAGGUUUGGUUGACACGAAGGAACGUUUGUCCCCUCUGUCUGUGCGAAGAUAUAGCUACUCCCCAGUACAAUGAAUCACCCGAGAGCCCGGGUGCACCAGGAGACGAAACUGUAGAAAAUGAAUCGAACACUCCAGCAGCAACAGCAACAACAACCGACGAGGGAAACGAUAGACCGGGGGAGAGCGCAGACUAAGAUGUGUCUGUUGACUGGAUCAGAUCCCGUUGCCCUUUUCAGAGGAAUCCGUUCAUCCAUUGCUUCCAUGCAUGACCCGCGUUGCGUCGGAGAGGUCGGCACGAUGCAAAGACAUCGACACAUAAUGAUGCAAAAACUACGGGCGUCGUUGACGAAUGCUUGAAGAUUGGCAGGGAACGUUGCGUCGGUGCGGCUAGGCAGUCCAGGAUCCACAGUUGCAAAUGGCAUGCAAGCUGUACACUAUCACACUUACUUGAAAUUUUGUUGCCAACUACCUUCUAGAUAUUGUUUAUUAGUACCUGCAUCAUUCCAGCAUUCUAUAUGUAAGGUUACGACACUGGUGGGAUCUGUGGGAUGCCAAAUUCUAAAGAUGAACUGGCAGUUUGUCAUUGUUCGUGGUUUUGGGUAGAGAGGUGUGCACUCAUAUGAGGUCAGCGAGUCUAUUGGUUGAAUGGGAGUGGAAGCACGACGAGCCAUCUUAAUGGAAUGGAAUCGAUGCGUCUUUGAGUUGAGAGUAUUAAUAGAAAUAAUGUGUGACACAAUAGCACCCCA